AAAGCUUAGCUCAGGGAACCGUCGGGAAGAGCAAAAGCAAAUAUAGAGCUUGGCGAGUAAGAAAAAUGCGAACAUGAAGGUAUCCAACACAUCUUCCUCUGUUGUGAACGUCUUAUAAUUUUUUUUAAACUUGAAAUAUUCAAAAGUUUUCAAUUAAGUCUAAUUAUUAUCAAUUCUAUACGCACUGACUCACUGCACUAAUCAAAAACAUCUUUCAUUUUCACGUUGCCUUCUCUUCUUUUCCUUCCCCUCUGCUUCCCUUUCGACCUUGCUUCUUCUUCCACCUGUUUCCAUCUUCCUCCGCCCACAUGCUCAUAGUCGGCGUAGCUCCGGCCACCAUGAGCUCUCCGUUCCCCGCUUUCUUCCAUUUGCUCCUAUCUACUGUUAUUGUUUGCUUUUAUUUUGUUUCUAUGUGCUUGUGUUUUGUUUUAGGUAUGGAUCUUGGUUGCAUCCUUGCUUUUCCAUGGUUUGACUUGAUGGGCUCCCCAAAAGAGGGUAUUUGGCUUCUGUACCGGGUAAUCUCUGCCACCCCCUAAUGCUCCAAGUUCGCGGAGCAAUUCUAAGGUGUAUGUUUCCGCCUAAAGGCUUUCGAAGGUUGGAGUAUUCCAAGUGGUCUUGUACGAUUGCAAUGUCUAUCGUAACCAAAGCUUGGAGGUGAAGAUGAAGACUAAGGGAUUAGAACUAAUGUUGCUUUUUUGGUGCUUAUAACAAAGUUGACGCUUUGUGGGUUUUAGUCUAUUUUGUUUUUUGUUGGCCUCUCGUGGCUCUUUGUGUUAGGUGUAUUGAUAGGCAGAUUGUGCCUAUUUUCUCUUCGUUGGACGUGGUUGUUUUGAAAUUUUCUUAAUGUUUGGAAGAAAAAAACAUGAGUGGUAACCUUUGUAUCUAUUCUGCAAACGUGAUUGGACAUUAAUAAUUAGGGUUUACAUAGGAAAUUAAGGACCCAUUGUUUAGAAAACCCACCAAAUAAAACUCCAUGUUGAUCUUCUUUCAUUAGAAAGUUGAAAGCCAGUAAAGAUUUUACCAGUAGAAAACACAAAACCCCCGCAAAUUGACGGCUGUUACUUAUUACCAGUAAAAAAUGCAAGGAAUUCGCACGACCAAACAACCUACCGUCCCUCAUAGAUAAAAACACACUGACUGACAAAUACCCAUUUGUCCACUCUGUAAGUUUCCCACCUUUCAUCACCAUUUAAUAAAAAGGGCCACCUUUUUUUCCACACCAAACCUUUGCCCUUUUACUUUUCGUUUUCCUCAUACUAAAAGACAGAUCCCCUUUUUAAUCGAUUCCCUUUAACUUGUGCUUUACGUUCAAGCUUUUUUCAGUGUUUCUUGUUAAAAUUGGACUUCAGCUUUUUCAUCCUCUGUUUUCGUUGAAAAAAAAUGAUGGGCGGCGAGGGGUUUAGAACAGCAUCCGCCGCCGCCGGCAUAGCACCGGAUAAAGCGGCGAGUUUUAACGAUGUGGUGCGUGAAUUCAUGAAGGGAUUGCUGGAGAUGAGCGUGGAAUUCGGGAGAGGUUGUCGGGAUGUACUGCGGCAGAGUUUGGUUACAGAGGAUUCGUUUUUAGUGAGGAAUUUCGGUAACGAUUCUUACAUUGGUCGAAAAAUCAAGGUUCCUAAAGGCAAAGUUUUAAGGAGAUUAAGAUUGUUUAAUGAGUACUUGGUUCCAGAAGACAAAGAUCCUUUGCAUGCUUGGUCUGUAAUACUCUCCGUCUUCCUUCUUGCUCUUGCAGUCUUGAGUUUAAGUAUAGAGUAUGAUACUGCAAUCCCGGUGGCAAAGAAAGUGUACAUACAUCCUCCUAGUGCGGAUCGAAUAAUUCUACCGGACGGUAGAUAUAUGGCAUAUAGAGAGCAAGGCGUUCCAGCCGAUAGAGCUAGAUUUUCGAUCAUCAUUCCACAUUCAUUUCUUUCUUCCCGACUUUCAGGGAUUCCUGGACUUAAGGCUUCGCUAUUAGAAGAAUUUGGAGUGCGGUUGUUGACAUAUGAUCUUCCGGGUUUUGGUGAGAGUGAUCCUUACCCCUAUAGGAACCUCGAGUCAUCAGCAUCGGAUAUGUUUUUCUUAGCAAAUGCUCUUGGUGUUAGUGACAAGUUUUGGGUUGUAGGAUACUCAACUGGUAGUGUGCAUGCCUGGGCUGCUCUCAGAUAUAUUCCCGAUAGACUUGCAGGUGCAGCUAUGUUUGCUCCAAUGGUCAAUCCUUAUGAUUCACUGAUGAAUAGGGGAGAAAGAUAUGGAACCUGGGAAAAGUGGACUCGGAAAAGGAAAUUUAUGUAUUUUUUGGCUAGAAGAUUUCCUAAAUUUCUAUCUUACUUCUAUCGGCAAAGCUUCCUCUCUGGAAAGCAUGGUCAGAUUGAUCAAUGGCUAGCAUUGACACUGGGAACAAGGGAUAGAGCUUUGAUAGAAGACCCUAUCUAUGAAGAAUUCUGGCAAAGGGAUGUCGAAGAAUCAAUCCGACAAGGAAAUGCAAAACCUUUUGUGGAGGAAGCUGUAUUGCAAGUUUCUAAUUGGGGAUUCAGCCUUGCAGACCUCAAAUUACAGAAGAAACAGAGAGGAAAAGGAAUCCUAAAUUUGAUCAAGUUUUUUCUUAGUGGCUCUGAGGAAGAAUAUACUGGUUUUCUUGGUCCAAUACACAUAUGGCAGGGGAUGGAUGAUAAAGUAGUCCCACCUUCAAUGACUGAUUUCGUUCAUAGGGUUCUGCCAAGUGCUGCAGUUCAUAAACUCCCAUAUGAGGGUCAUUUUACAUAUUUAUAUUUCUGUGAUGAAUGCCAUAGACAGAUAUUUACCACACUUUUUGGAACCCCACAAGGCCCUCUCCCUGUCAACAAUACCAUAGAAGUGGAACAAACAUCAUUGGAUGAUAUACAAGUGCAGGAAGAUGCUUCAACUCAGGAUGAUUUUAAGACAAACUGA